AAUAUAAGUAAACUACUUGUGCAUUCAUGUAUCAAUGCACUGUUUUGUUCUGUGUUCUUUAUAUUCUAGUUGUUUCUUUGGUUACUUAUAAGUUUCAGAUUGAGUUUUUAAGAUCGGUUCGCGCAAUAAAUCCAGAAUAAGUUCGCUUCAAGACUCGAUCGCAUUUUGGUUUGCCAGACAUUCGAGUAAAUAUUACACCGGGAUAAAGAGUAGAACUGGACUCUUUAAAAGUUGUAUAGUUCACACUUCAUGCGCCAUAUCAUGGCUAAGAUGAAGUAUGUUUUGAAAUUUGUUGCAUUACUCGUCAUUUUUGAAACAAUUUCUUGCUCAGAAGAAAAUGACAGAGUAAUUCUCAGUCAAAUGCAAGAUUGGGGAAAAGAGAUAUUCAAAACAUUGACAGGAAAGACUAAGUCUCACGAUUAUGGACAAUACCUAGUCGCAGCAUUACUGUCUGAUGACGACUUAAAUACACCACAUAAAAUGCCAGGCAGAUUGCUGAAAGGAUGUCCUCAUGAAGGUCCAGAUCACGAUAAACAAAUGAUAAUGUGCUCUACCAGUGCCGUAUUUCUUGACAGAAAAAGCAAGGAAAUUUGGGAGAAUAGUCCUUGGAAAAAUGUUGAAAAAUGUAAAAAGCAUAAUUGGCAUGGAGAAUAUAUUUUGUUAAGAGAAGGCUUUAUAGAGAAACUUGCGGCAAACUUUGGAACAGGAAAAACAUGUCAUUUGUACCUAUACUCCUUGUUUAUUCCAUGUGCUGACAUACAAGGUUGCCCAUAUUCUUGCUCCCAGAUAAUUGACGAUUAUAACAAGAGAGGUAAUAUAAAAUGUAGAAUAACUGUUAUCGGUUAUACAAGGGUAUAUGGUAUGUCAAAAGAGCUAAGGACAAAUGAGGAAAAAGCGGUAGAAAAUAUUAAUUCAUCUGGAGCUAUAUUAUAUAAAAAUAUCAAAGACUUGAAAUUACCAGCUAUAGAACAUGUCAAGCAAAUAAAUCUACCUUUUCAAGAAUUAUUAUUUUCUUGUAUCGUUGAAUCGCAUUUAUCUCGAUGUUGUUUAAACAAGCCUGGAAUUCCGUCGAGCAGUAAAGAGGAAAUCAUUGCGUAUUACGUAAAUAAUAUGGCAUUCACAGCCAUAGCAAAAAUUAGAUAUAAUAAUCUAGAGAAACGUUAUAAAAAAUAUUUGACUGAGUUUAAUAAAUGGAUUGAAAAUUCGAUUUCACGUGAAUGUAAUUACUGCCCAUUUGAAUAUUUCCAUAAACUUGUCUUAAAGUUCUGCACCGGAGCGUCCAUGCAAUUAGCAAAAGGAUUUGGGAAUCCUACAACUGCGAGAGAUUUGUCGCAUGCGUCUUGGACUUUCAAUGGAAAUAGUUGGAAAUCUAUUUAUCGUGUUACUCCCCAGGAAUUUCGAAAUACCAAGAUGCUUUUGUGUGCGAAGAGACCUUUUACAGUCGAUUCCCUAUGUACGAAAUACGAGAUCCGUGGACAGGAUGAUUCUGACUCCGACACGGUUUCAAUGAGACUUGACAUGGAUAUUUUUGACUCCGACAAGGAUUCUUUGGAACGAGACAUGGAUAUUUCUGACUCCGACACGGUUCCUAUGGAGCUUGACAGGAAUGACUAACAACAGAUGGAAUAGCCAUUAUAUAUAUAUCGCAAUAAACGCCAUUUGCAUAAGUUUUCAUAUAUCUCAAUAUAUCAAGACUUUUGGAUUCUUUCAUGUGAGGAAGCUAUCCAGCUAGCUUACGGAGCGGCGGAGGUUCCACUAAGGUGACCAUUCUUGCCUGAAAUUUGCUUUUGAUGUUGACAAAAUUCAAGAAGUGAUGUUCAAGAUUACAGCGUCGAUAACCGUUUUCUCCAUAAAUAAUUACAUAAACAUAACACUAUAUAUAUCUAUUGAAACAAAUCCAUUUUCAAAUUAUCGUAAAACAGUAUGAAAAAUACAAUUUUUAUAUUAUUAAAAUGCAAUGUUAAGAAUGUUAUGCAGAUGUUGACUUAUCUUGAAUGUACUUCCAUGUUUAUUAUAAUUAUAUAAUCAUUCUAUCUUCAGUACAUUUUAUUUUUCUUAUUUAUAAUGUUUUCUUAUAAUGGGCGUUCUUUUCUUAGUAUGACUAUUGUAAAUUGCAGAUUGAAAAGAUUAUCUGAAGAAAGUAAUUAUGUUUAAUGAUACUUGCUGAUGAAUGUUAAGCAUGUGUUUUUUAAAGCAUAUAAUUAUGUUUGUACUGUGAUUACCAUUUCAGGGCUAGCACUAGCACUUAUUUUAGCUAAUUUGUUCCACGCAUGUGAGAGUAUUACAUUUUAUUUAGUAAGACAAUUGUACUGUAAAAUAACCAAAUGUAAAUUUAUUUUCUGUCAGUGCGCACAUUAAUUGUAAUACAAAAGCAGCGCAUAGGCGUAGCAGUGUACGCCCGAAUGCAAAUUUGUUUUACGUAAAUAAAAUUUAAAGUCAUCAAGAA